AUGCCUCGACAGGCCAUUCCUGAUGGCAAAGACUCGCGGCCGGGACUGUUCUCCGCCAGAUUUGACGGCAGUGACGUCGAGAAGAAAUUCCGCGAAGUCUACCGCAUCCUCAAGGAGCAUGGCUAUCCGGUUCUCAUGGUGAACGCCCGCGCCGGCGCCGACUUCGGAGAUGACACCAUGGCUUUCCUUGGCCAACUCAAGAAGAAGAAGGGCGUCUUGCUUUCCGUGUGUACCUGGCACUAUGCGGAGGUCACGGGUUCCAAGUAUUCGUCCUUCGAAGAGCUGAAGUUUGCUCAUGGCAACGACCUUGACAUCCUGCCCCUCCGAGUCUGUGAGGAUCCUUGGCCACCAGAGCCACCGAACGAUGAGGACGGCAAGGCUGCAGGGCUUCUUGCAAUGGCCAUCCCCCGCAGCAGGGUUUUUGUGGACUGCCGAAAGCUGAGCGAGCAGGAGAUUGCCUUCAGGAUUGCAGAGGAGUUGCGGCAAGGUGCCAUUCCCAUCGGGCAUGGAAAGAAGGAUGGCGCUGCGACCUUUGCGCCCGAACCGCGGACCUCGAAGGACGCCGGGAAACCGACAUCGCCCACGGCAGCCGCCGGCAGAGAAGACGCCAAGGCUUGGUUUUCUUUGGCCCAGAAGGGCGGAGGAGAGCGGGAAGGGCGAUCCUACACCGCGAAGGAGUGCUUCGUGAAGUCGCUAGAGAUCGACAGCACCAAUGCCCACGCCUGGUAUGAUUUGGGAAAAGACCACGGUGGUGCCAGCAUCAAGGGUGCAACAUACAGCAAAGCGGAGUGCUACGCGAAGUCUCUGGAGUAUGCUGACACCAAGCAUGCCUGGCGCAAUCUGGGGGUUCACGGCGGCGGAACGGUGAAGGGCAGACAGUACAGCCAGAAGGAAUGCUUCGUGAAGGCACUUGGGUGCAGCAGCACUUUCGCGGAUGCUUGGCACAAUCUUGGACAACUAGAUGGCGGAAACGUACAAGGCAAGGAAUACAGCAAGCAGGACUGCUACAUCAAGGCUUUGGAGUGCGAUGAUACCCUUAAAUGCGCCUGGCGCAGCCUGGCCAAGCAGGGUGGUGGCAUAGUCGGUGGCCGAUCCUACAGCGCUGCCGACUGCGAGGAGAAGGGCAAGGAGUCCGCGGAUACAGCACCGGCAGUUGCGGGCAAUGUGGACUUGGACACUCGGAGAAAUCCGUAUUCGGGCUAUGCGGACAACGUGAAGCGUUUACACGCCAAGGCUUGGUUUUCUUUGGCCCAGAAGGGCGGAGGAGAGCGGGAAGGGCGAUCCUACACCGCGAAGGAGUGCUUCGUGAAGUCGCUAGAGAUCGACGGCACCAACGCCCAAGCCUGGUUUGCCCUGGGAAAAGACCACGGUGGUGCCAGCAUCAAGGGUGCAACGUACAGCAAGUCAGAUUGCUAUGCGAAGUCUCUGGAGUAUGAUGACACCGGAAUGCACGUCUGGCGCAAUCUGGGGCUUCACGGCGGCGGAACGGUGAAGAGCAGACAGUACAGCCAGAAGGAAUGCUUUCAGAAGGCACUGGGGUGUAACAUCACUUUUGCGGAGGGCUGGAACAGCCUUGGAUAUGUGGGUGGCGGAAAUGUGCACGGAAAGGAUUACAGCCGGACGGAAUGUUAUGUCAAGGCUCUGGAGAGCGAUAGUUCACUGAAGCUCGCCUGGCACAACCUUGCAAAGCAAGGUGGUGGCGUGGUCCGAGGACGGUCCUACAGUGCCGCCGAAUGCGAGGAGAAGAGCAAGGAGUAA